CAUUGCGUGAGCACCAAGUGCCAAAAGAACCCACUGAUUAUUACGAGGUUGAUCGGGCGGUGACUGCUCGAUUUUUGUGUCAAUUUGCAGUUUUAGUAGUUAUUUUAUUUAGAAAUUUGUUAUAAAUCAAAUCAGCAACCAUGGCUUUAAGCGAUGCCGAUGUACAAAAACAAAUCAAGCACAUGAUGGCUUUCAUUGAGCAAGAAGCCAAUGAAAAAGCUGAGGAAAUUGACGCAAAAGCAGAAGAGGAAUUCAACAUUGAAAAGGGACGAUUGGUACAGCAACAGCGACUAAAGAUUAUGGAAUACUAUGAGAAGAAGGAAAAACAAGUUGAAUUGCAAAAGAAAAUUCAAUCAUCCAACAUGCUCAACCAAGCUCGAUUGAAGGUAUUGAAAGUUCGUGAAGAUCAUGUGAGGAAUGUUUUGGAUGAAGCCCGCAAAAGGUUGGGAGAAGUUACACGUAAUAAGGAACAAUACAAAGAAGUUUUAACAACACUUAUUGUACAAGGAAUGUUCCAGCUUAUGGAGCCCAAAGUAUUAUUGAAGGUCCGCAAAGCUGAUUUAGAUUUGGUAGAAUCAGUUUUAACUGAUGCCAUGGAUCAGUAUAAACAACAGAUGGUUACCAAAGAAGUUGUCGCCACUAUCAAUAGGGAAGCAUUUUUGCCAGUAGAAUGCUGCGGUGGAGUUGAAUUGAGUGGACUUAAUGGCCGCAUUAAGGUUUCAAACACAUUGGAAUCCCGUUUGGACUUGAUUGCUCAACAAUUGAUUCCAGAAAUCCGAACUGCCUUAUUCGGAAGCAAUGCCAACCGUAAAUUCACAGACUAAAUAUUCAUAUCAAAUUACAUGAUUAGGAUGCAAAGUGACCUAGAUUCGUAUUAGUAA